AUGGAAUCCAUCGUCGAGUUCAUCGCUAUGUUCGAUGGUAUUUUCGAUCCAGUUGAACAAAGUAUUGCCUUCAACAAGGAGUACCACGCCAAACAGGUGCUAAUAGUGCAAGAACAGUCAAAAAAGUGCGAAAGUAUCCAUAAUAUAAUGGCCUAUUAUGGAUACAAAGAACUGGUUCUGGUAGGAAGUAUAUUGCACCAAAACCUGCAAUUCUUAACCGAGUAAGUUAAAAUUAAUAAAAGUGACAGUUGUAUUUGUUUUAUUUUUAAAUAUAAACCAAAUACAAUCUAUUUUAUAAUUAACGUCUGUAUGUAGUAUUAUAAACACAUUAUAACUUUCUUUUUCAGUAUUAUGCGCGGGAUGAUAAUCAACAUCGUCGCGCGAAGAAUAGCACCAGGCGAAUGCUACAUCUGCCUGGAAGACGAAGCAGAAGACCCCAUGGUAUGCCUCUUCUGUCUGAAGGUAAUAGGCUGCCAAGGGUGCUACAACGAGUACCUUAAACAGACGUUUAAUUACCUUGUGAAGUGCCCCAACUGCCAGCAGCACAGUCCUAUAGAACACCCGUUCUUCGCCUAUUUAUAUAAAAACAAUAUUAAUAGUUACUUGCUUGUAAAUAAAUAUCAAUAAAGUUUAUAAAAUUUGUUUGCAAUCUCUUAACAACUAAAUCUUGUACACACCAUAUAUUAUAAAAGUAGUUUGUCAAAUUGGUUUUCAUAAUUGUGUCAACAAAAAAUUAAAUUAAUUUCACGUCGAACAGUAAAGCCCUUCCAAAAAGAAAUAAACUCUUAUUUUACUUCUAAAGUCGGCAAUAGCUAUGAGUACUGGGACAAACUCAAACUACUUUUUUCCAAUAAUUUUUGUGGCAUUCCGACCACCAGCUUAAAGAAUUGAUUCGCUCUCGAAUUUCGUUCGAGAUUCGUUUGACGCGAACUUUUUUCCGGCUUUUCGCGCUUGACUAAUGCGUUUCAAAGGGUUCUUCAAGUUCUCAUAGAGUUUUAAGUGAUCUCCGGCCUCAGAGUCAUGAGGUGCCUCACGGUCUUCUUCAUUUUCACAGGAAUCUCUGCCAUUUUGGCACAAUCUUCUAAUUUGUAUCAGGUAUUGGGCUUGUCCAGGUCCGCAUCAGCUCGAGAGAUCAAGCAAGCUUACAAAAAGUUGGCUCUCGAGUUUCAUCCGGAUAAGAAUGAUGCUCCAGAUGCUAACGAGAAGUUUAUGCAGAUCAACGCUGCUUAUGAAGUAAGUAUUAUCUAAAAUAAUGGUUAAAUUAGUUAUAAUUGGUAACUUAACUCAGUUUUUAAUGGUUUACUUUUAAAAUUAUUGAAUUUAAUGUUUUAGAUAUUGAAUGAUGCUCAAAAGAAAGAACAAUACGACAAAUAUGGCACGGUGAGUGACCACGGUCAAAUGCGGCACGGUGGAGACAAUUUCUUCAAUGGGCGGCAGUUUGACGAAUGGGUACGUUAAUAUUCUCUAUAUUAUGCUUUAAAUUUAGUUCUUUGGAGGGUUUGGCGAUGGAUCUCGACGACAGAAACAGUCGGUGUUCGAGAAACACAGACUUACUCAUCACAUGUACGUGCAUUCUGUUUUGGAGCAGUCUUACUACAAGCCCUACAUUAUUUUCGCAUAUUCUACAUAUUGUAUGUCAUGUUUUACACUGCAAUCUUACUGGACUGACGCCGUCAAUGAUCUCGAGCCGUUGGGUAUGUUUUUGUUUUUUAGGUAACAAAUUAAGUUUGUUUAGCUUUUAGAUAAUAAUUUGAUAGUUAAGCUUCAAAUUGUAAAAAGUAAAAAAGAUGAAAGACUUUAUCAAAAAAUUAUUUUAGGUUAUGGUAUUGGCACAGUAAACUAUAUUUUCGAUGGUAAUCUAUUUGAGAAACUUCGAAUUGGUCGUCUACCAUCGUUACUGGUACUGGUUGAAGGAAAAGUUGUACAUUACAGAGGUAGUUAUGCCGACUUGAAUGCUCGUACUAUUAGAAUGUUUGCUAGAGAUGCUAUUCCGAACACUUUCAUGAUGAGAGUCAACAAUUACAAUGGAUUGAAACGGUUCUUAGAGCAGUGGCAGAACACUAAUAAGGUAGCUUUUAACAUUUUUUUAUAUUUUAGGUAACAAUUAUAUUUUUGAGUAAUGAGUAGUUGGAUUUUUAUUACUUAUUUUAACUUAAAUUUAUGCUGUAUAUCUAUACCAUAGUAUAUUGUUAUAGCCAUCCGUACUGUUCAUGGGAGCAAAUAAAGAACCUAGGCUACGAUACUUGUUAUUGGCUAUGAGGUACUCUCAUUUUGCUAGAUUUGGCUAUGUUAACAUAAUGGACACCUCUAACGACGUCAGGGAAAUGAAAAUUGCUUUAGACAUCAGAUGCAGUAAUUGUGAAAACGUCUUGAUUUUCAAGGAAAACCCAGAGGUAAGCUGGUUUAUGUUGGCAUAUAUUUAUAGCAUAUUGAAUAUCAAAUAAGAUUUUGAGUGAAUUCAUCUGAAAACUAGUAAAAAUAUUGUAAUAUCUUGUCGAAAAUGCCAUUUUAAAGUUACUAAAGGGAUGUUGUUGUAGACUGGAGAAGUGGCAAAACUUCAAGGUUCAGCCAGUCAGUUCACAACAGAACAAUUGAACGAAUUCAUUGAGAAGAACAAGUUCUUGACUUUCCCUAAAGUAGGUUUUGUUUUCUUUUACGUUUUUAGGUAUCAAAUGUAUCAUAAUGUUCAAAAAAAAUAAAAUAUUUUUAAUUUAUAUCAAAAUUAAAAAAAUAUGUUGCUUUAGUUGUCCUCGAUGUCUUAUCUUGACCAUUUGUGUCCGGUUUCCUCAAGAUCUCAACGUCACUUCUGCUUUAUCUUCCCCAUUGAGAACUUUGAACCAAAGUUUAUCAAUUCUGUUCGAGCUUACAUUAAGGACAACGGCGUGUUUUUGGAUAAACAUCGUGCAAAACUGGUACAAAUUUCUACGAAAGCACAAUCAGAAUUCAUGAAGAACUUUGACAAACAAGGACAUUCUAGCUCUGAAGUAAGUGUUGGUUAAUAUUGCUGUAGAUAUUUAUAUAUUUUAAUGAUUUUUAUUAAUAUUAUUGAAUUUCAUUCGAAUUUAAUAGUAUUUCUUAAUGUCAUGGUAGAUUAGUAUGUUUUAACACUCCAUCGUAAAAAAUGUUGUUAAUGAUAAUAUAUUUCAGCGAAAAUCUUUCUUGGUAAUGUGGCGACACGAAUACGUGAAGGCUAAGUUUGUGUGGAUGCCAAUUGACGUCGACCAAAGUCUGGCACAGCUGAGAACGGUGGUAGAAAACGUGUUCAGAGGGGACAUUCGAAUCACAGAAGUGGCUACAGUAACUAAGAUGCUUGACGAAUUCGAGCCUUCGCUGUUCACAAAGUUCUCCAGAAGAAUUGUACGUAUGGCUUUGACGCUGUGGUUCCAUCUGACUAAAGAAGAUGUUCUACCAGUUGUCAGUGUUGUGGGUACGAUGGUAUUCAUCUUGUUGAUCGGCUACGUCUUGAACUACAUGGUGGGAGAGAACAAGGUCAGGGCAUUCGACCAACAACCGGAGAAACCUCCACCAUAUUCAACUGAAGGAGAAUGGCAUCCAGAAGACCCGAAGGCCAAUCUGAAGAGGCCAGAACCGUUGUCUAAGAAGAGCCGCGCCUGGACUGAAAUGGAGCCUCUGAUCCACGAAUUGAGAGCCGAAACCUACUUUGGCCUGAUUAGGCUUCUGAAGCCUGGCUGUCGCUCUAUCAUUGUGUUGGUUGAUAACGAGUCUAAGGAUGUCAUGCUCAGACAGUACGCUAGGCAUAUCUAUCCUUUGAGGAAGUAAGUCAUGCUGUAAAUUGACUCGAUAAAAAUUACUGUAAAUUUAAAAAAAUUGGAAGGUUAUAAUAAUAUUAUUAGUGCAAUGUUAUUAAAACCUGCUUUCAGAAACAAAACCUUUUCAUUUGGAUAUUUGAACGUGGACAAGAAUCUCCAUUGGUUCCGACAACUUUUGGAGCACAUUUGCCCGGCUUCAGAAGACGGAACGAACGACGAAAUGGCAAAGAGAUUAAAGGUCAGUAAUCAUGCUUUAUAUUGCAUUAAGUCUUUCUUUUUGCACUUUUUCAGUGCAUAUAGUUUAACACUUGAUAACUAGCAGGAUCGGACGUUAGUCCGGGCUGAAAGUAUGUUUUUUACAUGAUAAUAACUACAGUAAUGAUCAACAAUAUUAGAGUUAGAUUUAUGUUUUUAGUUGUCAUUCAAAGAUCAUUAAAAUAAAACAAUUUUUUAGGGCAUUAACCCAAAACAAACAUUAGGAACAGUGUUGGUGCUGUGUGGCUACAAACUGUGGUUUACUAUGUAUCAUCCUUUACAUCCAUGUAACAAACCGAGGAACUCUGAUGAUUCUGACUCUGAUGAACCAGAAACUUCUACAAGGGUAAGUAUUUUUAAAAGUUAAAUAAACUAACAUGGAUUUUUACUGGCUAACUGAGACAUGAUAUUGUUGUUGUUAAUUUCAAUCUAUUUUUUAAUUUAAAAAUGAUUUAUCUUACCGAAAACGUAAAUUUUUGCUGAAAACUUGGAAAUAACGAUAUUGUUGUAGACUAAGAAGAUCAGCCAAGAGAACGUCCUAGACGGCCUGCCCAACUUCUUGGACCGUCUCCUAGAAGGCACGAUACGACGCUACUACGUCCCGGAAUGGCCUGAGACGCUAAAGUAA